CCCGUAUCAGAGAUUGAUUUCCGUCGAUUCCACAGAUUCCAGGCUUUCGAUGGACACGAGCGACCUGUUCCGCAAGCUCACCUGCGGGGUCAAGUUCUCCGCCAAGAAUAACGCGUUUUUGAAGCGAAAGCACAAUGCCGACAAGCGGGAACCGCCGGCCAAACCCGCGGCGGAGGUCAAGCUGGAAAUCAAGCACGAGGACGACGACUCGGAGAACGAAGCCGCCCCGAUCUUCCCGCACAGUCCGCUGCUGUUGAGCGAGGAGGAAAUUAAGGACGAAAUCAAAUCGGAGGAGGAGGACGACGGCGAUGGCGACCAGAACCAGCAGAAGCGCCUUCGGCUGAUGUCGCCGGAGAAGCGCAAACGGUACGAGGCGUUUCGGGUGAAGCAGCUGCGGAACGUGCAGCAGAUCAAGGUGAAGAAGGGGGCGAUCGCGGUGCCGGAUCCCGUUGAGGGCUUCCAGCAGUUGGCGGGCGAGCCGUACAACGUUUCGAACCAGCUGAUUAAGAAUGUUAGCGAGUGCGGGUACCGGGCGCCGACGCCGGUUCAGAUGCAGGCCAUUCCGGUGCUGCUGGAGGGACAUCCGCUGCACGCGUGUGCACCGACCGGGUCGGGCAAGACGGCGGCGUUCCUGAUUCCGAUCAUACACCAUCUUAAGAAGCCGAUGAAGUGCGGCUUUCGGGCGUUGAUCGUGUGUCCCACGAGGGAACUGGCCAAGCAGACCCAGCGCGAAGCGCUGCGACUGUGCGAGGAGAUCAAUCUGAGGACGCACGUGAUAACGAAGGUUGAUGAGAACAGUACCGAUUACGGGCUGGAGAGUCGAAAGCACUACGAUAUUCUGGUCACGACGCCGAAUCGGGUUUGCUUCCUGGCCGGGCACGACCCCCCACUGAUCGAUUUGAGCAACAUCCAGUUCGUGGUCGUGGACGAGGCGGACAAGCUGUUUGAGGAGUCUCGGAACAGCUUUCGCGAGCAGCUGGACACAAUUAUGGCCGCUUGUACGAACCCGUGCAAGGUGGUGGCGUUCUUCAGCGCAACCGUCACGAAGGAAGUGUCCGCGUGGGCCCGGGAUCACAUGCCGACCCGGGUGCGGUUCUCCGUUGGCGCCGUCAACACGGCCACCGACCUUGUCGACCAGGAGUUGCUGUUUGUGGGCAACGAGAGUGGCAAGCUGUUGGCAUUCCGUGAGGCCGUCCACAAGGGUCUGACUCCGCCGGUGUUGGUCUUCGUCCAGAGCAAGGACCGUGCCCAGCAGCUGUUCACCGAGCUGCUCUACGACGGUCUCAACGUGGACGUGAUCCACGCCGAUCGGAGCCAGCGCGAACGGGACAACGUGGUGCGGUCGUUCCGCGAGGGCAAAAUCUGGAUCCUCAUCUGUACGGAGCUGAUGAGCCGCGGAAUCGACUUCAAGGGCGUCAACCUGGUGGUGAACUACGACUUCCCCCCGUCCACCAUCAGUUACGUGCACCGGAUUGGGCGCACGGGUCGCGCCGGUCGUCGUGGCCGCGCCGUCACCUACUUCACCAAGGACGACACCACGAACCUGCGCGGAAUCGCCCAGCUGAUCCGCAAGUCCGGUGGAACCGUCCCCGAGUACAUGCUCAAGCUCAAGCAGAGCUCCAAAAAGGACCGCAAGAAGCUGCUCCAGAAAGCGCCGAAACGGGCCGCCAUCCGGACACUGCCGGCGUUUGAGAUGCAGGAACGGGCGCGGAAGAAAAAACUGAUUGCGCAGUCCAAGGCUAAACAGGAGGGAAAGAGCAAAAAUAAACAAUAGUCGUUCAGCUUGAA